GACUCUCGGUGGUUCCGCUUUGGGCCUCCGAGCUAGGGUACUCAAGGACAUAAGGGGGAAACCAUAGAGUAGCAUCGGGCCCCGAAGAGAGACAGAGUGACCGCCUCACGUCAGAUUCCCAGAGGCGCGUGGGGCGAGGGCGGCCACACCAAAGGCCCCUUAGGAGCCGCUCCAGUAGCAGUGAGACCAUAGAGAUGCGGCUCCCGCCGGUCCUGGGGUAGAAGGUGAGAGAGCGGCUGUCGGCGGGAACCAGGGGAAGUGCGGGUGCUGCAAGCUGGAAGUAAAAGUUUCUCCAGCCCUAGCGUGAGUAGGGUCUGGGAAGUGGAACCCCGUGGAAGGAGGUGCUGAGGGGGAGCACGCCAACGAGAGGGACCCAGGCGCAUCUUCGCGUCACCGCCCUGGGCUCCGCCCGGGUAUCCGCUACCUCUCCUCAGGACCAUAAUCGUGACGAUGCAUCAUUCCAAGCCUUGCAGGUUCCUAAACGCCUUUCUCCUUCGCUGGAUCUCAUGACUUGUCUGUCGCCGCCUCCACUUUACAGCUAGGAAAGCUGAUUCCCAGAGAAUCGACGCGAGUGCUUCUGUUCGAGGCCGCACGGUGAGUCAAAGCCCAGAGGCGCGUGGGAACCGAGGUGCCUUGUCCGGGGCGCCUUGUUCCCAGGCUUUCGUGUCUCUUGGUUCUCCAGUCACAAAGAAAACACGUUCCUUCUUUCUGGCACACUCCUACCUCAAGCGGUGCAUCUUCUUGAGGCUGCGUGAUGGAGCUGGAAAAUUGGGCAGAGCAGCAAUUAUAAGCCGUCGGUGGAAGCUAUAGGUUCCAAAGAGCCUCGCUAACCGUGGAAGUGCUCUUCCGUGUCACCUUCAAAACUUCUGUGUGCUCUUACUGGUUUGAGUGGAGGGAUUCUGCAGAAUAAGGAAUAGUGGCCCUCACCUGGGUCUCAUUCCACCUUGGUGACCCGAUUUCAUCAAGUAAUUAUUGUCAUUCCGUGUUGGUUAGUUGGUUGGGUUUUUGAGGCAGGGGUUUUUCUGUGUAAAAGCUUUGACUGGCCUGGAAUUCACUUUGUAAUCCAGGCUGGCCUCGAACUCACAGAGAUCCACCUGCCUCUGCCUACUGAGUGCUAAGAAUUUAAAAAAGUAUCUCACUUAUUUCAGCCAUGUCUAACAGGGCCUUUAGUUUAAUUUGCUUCUUGGUUGUGUUAGGUUCUGGAGGCCUUGGUGAGUUCAAAAGUUACCUUGUAUGUGAGGGAACACUGGUUUGACACCUUGGUUUAAAAUAUCUGGGUUUACUUCAAUUCAGCUGGUCACUAGAAUUUUUGUAUGUCUGCCCUGUGUAGCUUGUUGAUGCCUUGUGCUCGCUAAAGUGAGAAAGCGCCGCAUCCUGUGUUGGGAUAUAUAGUAACUCAUUUGUAGAGUGCUCGCCUCGCAUGCACAAAGCCCUGGGUUUGAUCCCCAGCACCGCAUUUUAAAAAAGAAAGGGGGGGGUGAGGUUGGAGAAAUUGUCCAGUGGUUAGGAGUGAAUGCUGCUCUUUCUGAGGAUCUGGGUUCAGUUUCUAGCAUCCAUUUCCAGCGUCUGACAGUCACUCCAGCUUCAGGGGAAUCCAGUACCCUCUUCUGGACUCUGCGGGCACCUGCACUCAUAUCAACACACAUAACUAAAAAUAAAAUCUUAAAAACAAGUGUUGUGUACACCUGACUUCCCAGCACUCAUUAGCUGCGAUACUAGGUGUUCAAAGUCAUCCUCAGCUGCGUACCAUAGUUGAAGCUAGUUGAGCUGUACAACUAGGAAGAGAGACGGAUAGGGAAAAAAUAGUGCAGGAUGGUUUCUGCUGGAGUUACAUACAAAGGCUGUCAGGACCCCAAAGAGAGGAAAUCCAGAAUAUUAGGAAGCAGUCACAGCAGAAAUAUUUUCUUAAGGAGUAGGUGUGUGUGAUUGGCUAGACAAAGAGAUUGAAAUGCACUGAAUGGAAGAGGCAAGAAAGUGGGGAGCAAACAAAACAGAAUUUAACGAGUCAGAAUAUAGCAAGUCAUCUGGUUAGGGGGGCGGGGAGGGGGUUGUCUGAGAGGCAGGGCAACAAGGACUGCAAGUGAAGCAGUGGCUUUAUAUCUGCACUGAGAAUAAUGAGAUUCUCCGGCCCUGCUUAGUUUUGUUGUAGUCAUCACCUAGCUAGCAAGAAACAUAACCUGCAGUCUUUAAUGUUGACCUCAACUUGUUGGUUCUCUACUAAUACUGACUUCAUUCUCAUUUUAUGCUCUGUGUUCAGUGUUGCUUUGAGAAUAUUUAGGAUAAUAAAGUAUAGCAUGUUGCCACGAAUGGAAAUGCCUAAAUGUGUGGGCCAACUUUGGAGAAGUUGAGAGUUCUAACCAUAUAUGUAUGAUUUUUUUUUUUUCCUGGCUGUUUGUCAGCAAUUUAGGAGACCACAACACAGAAGUCAAUGAUAAUGACAGACCCUGUGUUGGCAUCCCAGCUGGCUAACGGCACUGGGGAGAUGGAUGGACUAUGCUCUGAGCUAUUGUUGAUUCCCCCACCUCUCUCAAACCAUGGAAUCCUGGGCCCUGUCCAGAAUACCUGUGCUUCUGGGGAGACUGCAUCUUUGCCUGCUGACCCAGGCUGCCUCCUGGUAGAGGCCACAGCUACUGAAGAGAGUUCAGGGAACAUGGAGAUCAUUGUGGAAGCAGUAACUGAAACCCUGACCCCAGGAGCUUCUGGAGACACCUCAGGUGUCCUGGUAAAGGUGGUGGAGGUAUACUUCUGUGAGCGCUGUGAACAGAGCUUUGCAGAGCCUACUCUGCUGUCCCUGCACCAGUGCACUGAGACCCAUAUUCAGGCUGUGCAGGACCUCUCUAGCCCCCCGUGUUCUGUAGAGCUGCCCCCCAGCAACCUCACCCUCCAUGGCCCUCUGCAGGACCCCAGCCUGCCAGAUAGCCCCCUGCCAUGUCCUGUAUGUAGACAAGAGUUUGUCCAGCCCCAGGCCUUGAAGAGCCACUUCAAGAUUCACCGGGUCACUCCCAGCACAUUCUCCUGCCCAGAGUCUGGCUGUGUGUUCUCUGCUGAAGAUCGCAAGGGUCUGCAGCAUCACCUGAGACAGACCCACAAGGCAGUUCCUGUACCCUGUUCAUUCCGGGGCUGCUCCUUGCUUUUUGGGAGCCAGCAGGGAAUGGAGCUGCAUCGGCAAGCCCAUUACCCUUUCCACUGCAGCCAUUGCAGCUUCAUGGGCUCCAACGUCAAACUCUUCCGGCAGCAUCAGCGGAGCCAUGGAGCCAGUACACGGGGAGAACUUUCUGCUGCUCAGGGCCUUCCAUCCCAGGAGCUGCUGCCAGUUCCCAAGCUGCCUCCAGGAGAGGGAGAGCCUUCUGAGGAAGCGGGUACACCUUUGCCUGGACAGGAGUCAGCCGAGGAGGACAUAGAGGAAGAGGAGAGUGGCACCCAAAAGGACUCCCAGAAAGUCUCAGAUAAAAGCCAAGGAACUCAGCAGUUGGAAGAGCAGGGACGGCAAGGGCAUGUGGCUUCCAGUACUGAGUCCCUCUUCAAGACACACAUGUGCCCAGAAUGCAAACGCUGCUUUAAGAAGCGGACCCAUUUGGUAGAGCACCUGCAUCUCCACUUUCCAGACCCAAGCCUCCAGUGUCCUAACUGCCAGAAGUUCUUUACCAGCAAAAGCAAACUCAAGACCCAUCUGCUGCGGGAGCUGGGUGAGAAGGCCCACCGAUGUCCUCUGUGCCACUACAGUGCCGUCGAGAGGAAUGCACUUAACCGCCACAUGGCCAGCAUGCAUGAGGAUAUUUCCAACUUCUACUCAGACACCUAUGCCUGUCCUGUCUGCCGUGAGGAAUUCCGCCUCAGCCAAGCACUCAAAGAGCACCUCAAGAGCCACACAGCAGCAGCUGCGGCAGAGCCGUUACCCCUCCACUGCUUUCAGGAGGGCUGCACUUAUGUAGCUCCCGACCGAAAGGCCUUUGUAAAGCACCUAAAGGAGACCCAUGGAGUACGAGCUGUGGAAUGCCGCCACCACUCAUGUCCCAUGCUCUUUGCUACCGCUGAAGCCAUGGAAGCCCACCACAAGAGCCAUUAUGCUUUCCACUGUCCCCACUGUGACUUUGCCUGCUCCAAUAAGCACUUGUUCCGCAAACAUAAAAAACAAGGCCACCCAGGCAGUGAAGAGCUACGGUGCACCUUCUGCCCUUUUGCCACCUUCAACCCAGUAGCUUACCAGGACCACGUUGGCAAGAUGCAUGCUCAUGAGAAGAUCCACCAGUGCUCUGAGUGCAGCUUUGCCACUGCCCACAAGAGGGUGCUUAUCCGACACAUGCUGCUGCAUACCGGAGAGAAACCUCACAAGUGUGAGCUGUGUGACUUCACCUGCCGAGACGUGAGCUACCUAUCCAAGCACAUGCUGACCCACUCUAACACCAAGGAUUACAUGUGUACUGAAUGUGGCUAUGUCACCAAGUGGAAGCACUACCUAAGUGUGCACAUGCGGAAACAUGCAGGGGAUCUCAGAUACCAAUGCAACCAGUGCUCUUACCGCUGCCAUCGGGCUGAUCAGCUGAGCAGCCAUAAACUGCGGCACGAAGGCAAGUCCCUCAUGUGUGAGGUGUGUGCCUUUGCGUGCAAGCGCAAGUAUGAGCUCCAGAAGCACAUGGCUUCCCAGCACCACCCUGGCACACCUGCCCCACUCUACCCCUGCCGCUACUGCAGCUAUCAGAGCCGCCACAAGCAGGCCCUGCUGAGCCAUGAGAACUGCAAGCACACCCAUCUCCGUGAGUUUCAUUGUGCCCUCUGUGAUUACCGUACCUUCAGCAACACCACACUCUUCUUCCACAAGCGUAAGGUCCAUGGCUACAUACCAGGGGACCAGGUUUGGCAGUUGUGCAAUGCCAACCAAGAGUCAGAGGGGGCCAGACAGUGCCUGGCACCUCCAUCAGACUUAGGGUCUUCUAGCCAGCUGUCAGCCCAGCCUGAGAGACAAGACCAUGAACAUGGGAUUGUGGCAGUCUCCAGUGUGGACCAGGCUCUGCCAGAGACAAGUGAUGAGGUCAGCACCAAAAAACAGGAUGGUAUUGAGGCUCCUCAAGGGGAUAACCUGGUUGGCAGCCCCAGCCCAGGGGAGGCAGAGGAGGGUGGCUGCACACUACACUUGGAGGCCCUGAGGGUAGAGCUAGAACCUGUGGCAGAGCCACCACCCCUUGAGGAGCUUGCUGAAACAGCACCUGUGGAGUUCAGGCCUCUAGAUCCCUCAGGACCACUUGAAAUGGAAAGACCAGAUGGGCUGGAAGAGCCGGAACUGUCCAGCUUUGAAAGUGUUGGGGCUCCUGGCUUGAUUGCUGAAGAAGAGCCCAUUUUGGAGAAGCUAGUCUCUGAGCCCCCCAGAAAUCCUCUAAUCUCUGAGGAGACCCCUAGUACAUUCAAGGCAACUCUGUCUGCUGAGACUGCACCUCUGCCUCAAUUUCCUGAGUCAGAGUCACUUCUUAAGGCCCUGAGGAGACAGGACAAAGAACAAGCAGAAGCCCUGGUGCUGGAGGGCCGGGUCCAGAUGGUGGUGAUCCAGGGAGAAGGAAGAGCCUUCCGCUGCCCACACUGCCCUUUUAUCACUCGCCGAGAGAAAGCCCUGACUUUGCACUCCAAAUCGGGUUGCCAUAGCCGCCGAGAACCACUGCUAUGCCCCGAGUGUGGAGCUAGCUUUAAGCAACAACGUGGCCUCAGCACCCAUAUGAUGAAAAAAUGCCCUGUUCUUCUUAGAAAGAACAAGGCUUUGCCCAGCCCUGUUUCUCCCACGCUACAUCCUCAGCUUCCAGGUAGCCAAGCCUCACAGGAUGCUGAAAGCGAGAAACCCCCACCUUUACCAUCAAAGGUAGAGCUUCUGCUUCCAAAAGAUGUUCCUUCUGAGCUCCCUGGGGAGACAGAAGUAGAGGAACCUCAUCCCACACCCUCUGACUUCCCAGCCUGUCUUACAGGAAAGUCCUUACCCACAGGGACCUCUGAGAAGUUCCACUUUGAGCAAGGCAAGUUCCACUGCAGUUCGUGCACAUUCCUUUGUUCUCGGCUCUCCUCUAUUACCUCUCAUGUGACUGAAGGCUGCCGAGGGGAGCGCAGCCGAGGAAGAAAGCGCGGGCGCCCCCAGACCCAUCCUGUUGUGGCUCCCCUAAACAAUGGGGACUCAGCUGUCUUGAACAGUAAAAGUACAGAGUCCAGCCCUGGGGAUAGGGACACUGCUGUGGUUCAGAAACAGAAGAAUGCCCUCUUCUCCUGCCCCACGUGUCCUUUUAGCUGUCAGCAGGAACGGACCCUGAGGACUCACCAGACCCAGGGCUGCCCCCUUGAGUCUGGAGAUCUGCGCUGUGGUCUCUGCCCAUUCAUUGCUCCUGCUGCUGCUGCUCUGAGGCUCCAUCAGAAGCGGAGGCACCCCACUGCAGCCCCAGCCUCUGGCCCCCGGCCCCUUCUGCAGUGUGGGGACUGUGGCUUUACUUGUAAGCAAAGCCGGUGCCUCCAGCAGCACCAACGACUCAAACAUGAGGGUGUGAAGCCACAUCAGUGCCCUUUCUGUGAUUUUUCUACUACUAGACGGUACCGGUUAGAGGCCCACCAGUCUCGACACACGGGUGUUGGCCGCAUCCCUUGCAGCUCCUGCCCACAGACAUUUGGCACCAACUCAAAACUGCGCUUGCACCGACUGCGAGUACAUGACAAAACACCCACCCACUUCUGUCCACUCUGUGACUACAGCGGCUAUCUUCGUCAUGACAUCACUCGCCAUGUCAACAGCUGCCACCAAGGCACCCCAUCCUUUUCCUGCGCUCAGUGUGAGGCCCAGUUUAGCUCAGAAACAGCGCUGAAGCAGCACGCUCUGCGCCGCCACCCGGAACCUGCACACCCAUCCCCUGGCUGUCCUGUCGAGGCCACUGAGGGCCCCUUGCACUGUUCCCACUGUGGCCUGCUCUGCCCCAGUCCUGCCAGCCUACGAGGACACACCCGCAAACAGCACCCGAGGCUGGAGUGUGGGGCCUGCCAGGAGGCCUUCCCUAGCCGGCCAGCGCUGGAUGAGCAUCGGAGGCAACGCCAUUUCAGUCACCGCUGCCAGCUCUGCAGCUUUGCUGCCCGGGAGCGAGUAGGCCUGGUGAAGCACUACCUGGACCAGCAUGAGGAGACUUCAGCGGCCACCUCGGGUGGGGAUGGGGGUGCUGGCCAGCCCUCUCUUUGUUGCCCUUUUUGUGACUUUUCCUGUCGCCAUCAAUUGGUACUGGAUCACCAUGUAAAGGGACAUGGAGGCACCCGGCUCUACAAGUGUACUGACUGUGCCUACAGCACCAAAAAUCGGCAGAAGAUCACUUGGCACAGCCGUAUUCACACUGGGGAAAAGCCUUACCGCUGUCACCUCUGCUCCUAUGCCUGUGCUGACCCUUCUCGCCUCAAGUACCACAUGCGGAUCCAUAAGGAGGAGCGGAAGUACCUGUGCCCUGAGUGUGGGUACAAGUGCAAGUGGGUCAACCAACUCAAAUACCACAUGACCAAGCACACAGGACUGAAGCCAUACCAGUGUCCCGAGUGUGAGUACUGCACCAACCGGGCUGAUGCGCUGCGUGUACACCGGGAGACACGGCACCGAGAGGCACGGGCUUUCAUGUGUGAGCAGUGUGGCAAGGCAUUCAAGACGCGCUUCCUGCUGCGCACCCACCUACGCAAGCACAGUGAGGCCAAACCCUACGUUUGCAAUGUUUGCCACCGUGCUUUUCGCUGGGCUGCUGGCCUACGACAUCAUGCCCUUACCCAUACCGACCGCCACCCAUUCUUCUGCCGCCUCUGCAGCUACAAAGCCAAGCAAAAGUUCCAGGUGGUCAAGCAUGUGCGCAGGCACCACCCUGACCAGGCCGACCCCAGCCAGGGUGUGGGCAAAGACCCCACUACUCCCACAGUGCACCUACAUGAUGUGAAGCUGGAAGACCCUAGUCCUCCUGCUCCUCCUGCUCCCCCGACUGGACCUGAAGGCUGAACCCCUCCCCCAUCUCUGGCUUAGGAAGAACAUCAAGUCCCAGAUGUGCAAACUGGGACUGUAGUAACUUAAGUCUAGGGCCUGAGGGAGCUAGUGUGGCGGGAACACACUCCCACCCUUGGGACUCUGGCCUUUAAAAUUAACAGCUAUAAAAAAGAUAGGCUAGGACUAAAACGUUGAUUUCUUGAGUAGCACUAUGGUUUUAGCUUGUGCCUGGAUCUCCAGCGUCUACCAUUGUUGCACCAGAGCCCCUGACUAUAAGGGCUCUGUUUUAUUCACGCCAUCAUCUCUUCCUUCUUACGGUUUCAAGUCCGAUUUUCUUCCAGCAUUUUCUGAACAUUUGUACCUAAUUGCAUGUGUUCCUGUGUCUAGUGCUCUGUAAGCAUGUGAAACAGAAGAUUACCAGUUAACAGACA